AUGAAGCUGGGAGGAGCCCAGGAAAGGGCGGGACCUGGCAGGGGCGUGUGGGCUCUCUUGGACCACGAGUGCCUGGAAUGGGCGGUGGACCCUCCAGCCACCUGCAGAGGCCCUGACAGGGGCUUCUUUCACCUCCAUUCACGUCCGGACCCCCUUGGCGAGGUGUGCCAAGCAGUGCCCGCUGGAACCCAGCAGCCGUGCAGGGAGCCUGCACAAGAGGCUGUUACCACCAUGUCCCCAUCAGCUUCCCCGGCUCCUCUGACCCCUCUGGCCUCCAUCCUGGCAGCAGACCCGCAAGACCAAUGCAACAUCAAGACCGUCCCGCAGGGUCCUGCCACAAAAAUGUCCUCACCUCCAGGUAACUCCUUUUGGGCAUCUGCCAUCCCAGCCAUCUGGAGUCUUGGCCUCGCCAGCCGUCCCAUGGCAUUCCUCUCCUGCUGGUGGGAGACCACCAAGGCCUUGUUCUUCCCUACCUCAUCCAAGCGGGAGGCCCAGCAAGAGCCCUCCUCACCAGAGGAGGCCUCCAACUGGGAAAGCCCCACAGACAGCUGGGCAGAGACGAGCGGCCCCUCACUUGUCAGCCCACCUAGCCAGAGGCUGCUGGACAUCCUCAUCCCCAAGAGGCUGGACCUAAAGUUUCAAAAAGAGCGAGAAAAAGAGGGGUCAUUUUCAACACAAAGGAGCUCAGACUACCCCCUGAGCUCUUUAGGGAUGAUGUGGACAUCACUGAGUGGGCCGCAGGAGGCUACAACCCCUCCAUCUCUCGGGAACAUCAAAGACAAAGCAGAGCUGCUGCCUGGUCCUCAGCAGUUCUUAUACCCCGAGGUCUUGAGGGACCACUUCAAGUGCACAUACAGCCAGCUCUUCUGGGGUCUCCCCUCUCUGCACAGCGAGGCAUUGGUGGCUACUGCUUUUGUCCCUCGGAGCUCUUCUCAACUACAGGCUCCCCCCGUUUUAUUCUAUGGCAUCUCGAGUGGCUUUCCAGAGCCCACGACACAGAGAAUAUCUGGAGGUUUUUCCCAGGACUCCUUCUUGCCCUGCCCUGAGGCCCAACCUCAGCCUUCCACUCAAAACUUGCCUCAGUCCCAGGCCCUCUCCCCACCUCGGACCCAGGCCCAGCUCUUCCUCCCACUGUCUCUCCUGUUCAGACCACCUUCUGCUCCACCCCAGCUGGGGACCCUUGGGCUACAUUGCCCAACAUUCCAGAAGAAGGCACUCUAUUUCGCCCCAGCUGAAACACAACCUCUGGCAUGCCCCUGGCUGCAGAAGCAACAGCUUCAAAAGAGGCUCACCGAAAAUCAAAAAGACAGGGGCCUGCCUCUCGGGAUCCCACUGUCUCUGGAACUGAAUCCAUCUCAGGGCCCCUUGGUAGACAUGCAUCUGGCACAGUGCCGACAACGACCCAGGCAGCCCUCUCCUCUCACAGCCCGUAGUGGCCUGGGCCCAUACAAGACAAGCGCCAGGAGCCCUGCCAGAUCCCAGCGGAGAUGCCAAAUGACCAUCCAGCUAGGCAAGGAGUUCCUCGAGGCUCAAGAGCCAGGUCUCAGUAGGGUCUCAAAAGAGCUCUCCAGGGCCAGCCUCCCAGACACAUUUCUGGAAAGGAACUCUGACAUGGGGGCAGAAAGGUCCUUGCAAAGGGACUCUGCAAAGUCUUUCCCCAGGGUCCCAGAUAGAAGACAUCUAGAAAGAACCUUGAAAGCCCAUCUGAGUAAAAAGGUGGAGCAGAUUCAUACGGGUUGGAUCCCUGUGACUGUACAGCGAUCCUGGCUUGCUGCCAACCACUCUCUUCCUAAGUCCCACAGUCACAAAGAAAUCCAAAAGCCAGCAUCCUGGAAGUAUUGGAAGCCCCGUGUAAACACCUCCAGGCAGCUUUCCUUCCUUAGUCCCGGCAUUCAACAGAUGCUGGAAGUACAUAUUAUGAGCCUGCGGGUAAGGCACAGGUGGGGCUUUCCUACCCAGGCCUUUGAACCCAUACAUCUCAAGCCAAGUGGGGCUCAGCCCUCACCCCUUCCAAGGUCUACCUUUUCUCCCUCAGCCACCCAGCAACCCGGGGAACACUCCAAAGCCAAUGUUUCCAAGGUCUUGGGAAAACCUUAGCCCCAUCCAGGAGAGAACGUGCGAACAAGAG